GUGAACUGAGAAUUUAUCUUGACAAAUUUAAUCAGCUCUUUUACCUUGAUAAAAUCGCCAAGGUAAGCAAUACAACAUGAUAAAGCUGCAAUCUGAACGACAACGCCCUAUACCCAAAUUCCUUGAUACGAAUUACUCAGUCAACUCAUUUAGCUGGUGAAAAUCGAAGAGCACACAUUCAAUUUACGAAACCUUAACAAAGAAAUACAUUUCAGAAAUAUCAGAUUGAUUGGAAAUGUCGAACGAAGUGAGGAAUUUGGAUCUCGGCAACAAGUUGGGUGAAGGGAGUUAUGGUAUCGUAUGUAAAGGUAUAUGGCGUGGAAAAUCGGUUGCCGUCAAGCGAAUUCAGUUAAUUCAUAUCGCAAGCAACACACAAGGAGAGGAGGCGUUGCAGCGACUUGAUCACUCGAAUGUAAUCAAAUUGUUUCACGCCGAGAGUGACGCAAAUUUCAGAUAUUAUUAUCUUGAAUUGUGCAACGCUUCUUUGGAAAAAUUAUUUCUGAAAGAUGGGCGCCCAGAUAAAUACUGUGGGCCGAUGCCCCCAUCGCUAACGGUCCUUUAUCAAUUAGCUGUCGGACUGGAGUAUAUUCACAAAAUGGGACUGGUGCAUCGCGAUCUCAAACCUGAAAACGUCCUCAUCUGGGAAGAUCCAAAAAAGGGAGACGUUUUAUUGAAAUGGGCUGAUUUCGGACUGAGUAAACCAGUGAAUGAAAGAGGAACUUGUUCUAUGAGUGGAAUCAAGGGGACAGAGAAAUGGUUAGCGCCAGAAAUAUUGAGACUACUCGACACCGAAGAUGAAAUAACGCAACGGGGUACAAUCAAGAACGAUGUGUUUGCAGAAGGCCUUGUCUUUGGAUAUUAUCUUUCAAAUGGUCUUCAUCCUUUUGGUUCUCGCCAAAACAUUCUCUCUAACAUACUUAAAAACAAACCAAUUAAUCUGGAUAAAAUACAAUCGAGAUGUGCCCGUGAUCUAAUCCUGAAAAUGCUAAAUGAAAAUAUCGUGGAUAGAAUAACAUCAUCACAAGUUGUAGAAUUUCUCAAACAAAUUAAGAGUCAACUUGAAACCCAGUUGUUCGCCCUAUGUUCGCGGGAUACCUAUCCAAGUUUGGAAGAAAUAACACAUUUUGAACAGGAAGGUAUGGAUAUCAAUUGCACAAACGAAGAAGGCGUGCCACCCUUUUUUUAUCUGACAAAUAAAAAAAUAAAUGAACUCAACAAUUUUGUGGAGAUCAAUUCCCAGACCACCGACGGAUGGAAUUUUCUUCUUUUCUUCUGUCGACAUUACCAAAGUGAACAUUUAAUUGAAAUCAUUCAACUUUUAAUUCAAAACGGAAUCGACGUCAAUUGCAAAAACAACGUCGGAUGGAAUGCUCUUCUUUACUUAUGUCGUUAUUAUAAAAACGAAAAUUUAAUUGAAAUUAUUCAACUUUUAAUUCAACAUGGAAUAGACAUCAACUGCAAAACCAACGAAGGAUGGAACGCUCUUCUAUUUUUAUGUGGCUUUCAUCAAAACGAAAAUUUAAUUGAAAUUAUUCAACUUUUAAUUCGACACGGAAUCGACGUCAAUUGCAAAUCCGUCGAUGGAUGGAAUGCUCUUGUUUCCUUGUGUCAUCAUUACCGAAACGAAAAUUUAAUUGAAAUCAUUCAACUUUUAAUUCAAUACGGAAUCGACGUCAAUUGCAAACACAACAACGGAUGGAACGCUCUUCUUUUCUUUUGCAUUCAUUAUCAAAAGGAAAAUUUAAUUGAAAUUAUUCAACUUUUAAUUCAACAUGGAAUAGGCGUCAACUGCAAAACCAAAGAAGGAUGGAACGCUCUUCUUAUAUUAUGUCGUUAUUAUCACAACGAAAAUUUAAUUGAAAUCAUUCAACUUUUAAUUCAACACGGAAUCGACGUCAAUUGCAAAAACAACGACGGAUGGAAUUCUCUUCUUUACUUAUGUCGUUACUAUAAAAACGAAAAUUUAAUUGAAAUCAUUCAACUUUUAAUUCAACAUGGAAUCGACGUCAAUUGCAAAACCAAAGACGAAUUGAAUGCCAUAACUUUGUUACGUAGUCAUUAUCGACAUUUCAAUUUAAAUGAAAUAAUUGACUUGUUAAUUCAACAUGGGAUGGACCGUGGACGACAAUUUUAGUUUGUCGGAGGGAUCGUUCCUGUUGACACUUGAAGGCAGAGAAAAAAACGAAAAAAACCUGAGACUGUAAUCUUUGAUCAA